GCCUCACCGCGGAUGAUUCCAGCUCUUGUCAGCCAGGGCCCCAGGCAGUGGCGACAGGCACGGCUAGCAGCUCUGUCGUGCUAGGGCGGUGAUUGAUGGGGAGCAGCCCAAGCGAACCCCAGGAGUGAGGGCGCACCGCAGGGACGCGGAAGCGGCGGGAGGAAGCCCCGCACCAGCGCUGCCAGCUUGCGGUCCGACCUGGGCUCAGCGCCCUGGGCGCGGAUUGAAUACAUGAUAAAUUGGUCUCAAAUGGCUGGGGUUUCAUCUGAAUAAGACACGAAAGCCAUCCCAGAAGUUCUGCAUCCAGGUGCAUCUGGCAUAGUGUCUGAGACUAAUUAAUUAACCCAAGAGUUCAAAAUGAUCCUCAACUCUACCACUGAAGAUGGUAUCAAAAGAAUCCAAGAUGACUGUCCCAAAGCUGGAAGGCACAAUUACAUAUUUGUCAUGAUCCCUACUUUAUACAGUAUCAUCUUUGUGGUGGGAAUAUUUGGAAACAGCUUGGUAGUGAUUGUCAUUUACUUUUACAUGAAACUGAAGACUGUGGCCAGUGUUUUUCUUUUGAAUUUAGCACUGGCUGACUUAUGCUUUUUACUGACAUUGCCACUGUGGGCUGUCUAUACUGCGAUGGAAUACCGCUGGCCCUUUGGCAAUUACCUAUGUAAGAUUGCUUCAGCCAGUGUCAGUUUCAACCUCUAUGCCAGUGUGUUUCUACUUACAUGUCUAAGCAUCGAUCGUUACCUGGCUAUUGUUCAUCCAAUGAAGUCCCGCCUCCGGCGCACAAUGCUUAUGGCCAAAGUCACCUGCAUCAUUAUUUGGCUACUGGCUGGCUUGGCCAGUUUGCCAACCAUAAUCCACCGAAAUGUAUUUUUCAUCGAGAACACCAAUAUCACGGUUUGUGCUUUCCAUUAUGAAUCCCAAAAUUCAACCCUCCCCAUUGGACUCGGCCUCACCAAGAAUAUACUGGGUUUCUUGUUUCCUUUUCUGAUCAUUCUUACAAGUUAUACUCUUAUUUGGAAGACCUUAAAGAGGGCUUAUGAGAUUCAGAAGAACAAGCCAAGAAAUGAUGAUAUUUUCAAGAUAAUUAUGGCAAUUGUACUUUUCUUUUUCUUUUCCUGGGUUCCCCACCAAAUAUUCACUUUUCUGGAUGUAUUGAUCCAACUGGGCAUCAUACAUGACUGUAAAAUUGCAGAUAUUGUUGACACCGCCAUGCCCAUCACUAUUUGCAUAGCUUAUUUUAACAAUUGCCUGAAUCCUCUCUUUUAUGGCUUUCUGGGGAAGAAAUUUAAAAAAUAUUUUCUCCAGCUUCUGAAAUACAUCCCCCCAAAGGCUAAAUCCCACUCAAGCCUAUCAACAAAAAUGAGCACACUUUCCUACCGCCCCUCAGAUCAUGGAAAUGCAUCCACCAAGAAGUCUGCCUCAUGUGUUGAAGUUGAGUGACACACUUGAAACCUGUCGCUGAAGUAAUCUUGUGAAAGAAGGAGCAAGAAAAACAUUCCUCUACAGCACUUCACUACCAAAUGAGCAUUAGCUACUUUUCAGAAUUUAAGAAGAAAAAGGUUAUGUGGUCUCAACGAAACUUUCCAAAGCUCUGAACAAAAGCUUUUCUUUCCCUGUGCAACAAAACAAAGCAAAGCCAUAUUUCGCCCCAUUUUGCACUAGAUAGAUGAUGGCCACUCAAAGAAUGAUGUCAGAAACUGGAUGAAUGUGUUGAUUGGGAAAAUUUUACUGACAGAAAUGACAUCUCCCCAGUCUGCUCUUGUUCUGCUAUUUUUGAUUUCCACAUAAAGGUAUUUGGAAUAUGUUAAACCCUGAGAGGAGCAACAGGGGAUCAGAGCUCAAGAUUGCUCUGCCCAAUUUCCAAAGGGCAGGAAAGCUUUUGUUCCUAUUUAGCUAUUAGCAACUCUGGCCCACUUGUACAUGCUACUGGCACAUUUUGUACAUAGACUUACUAAGCAGUGAUCAUCGAGUUUCAGAAACUUUUGUGAAAGUCAACUAAUGUCUUUUAGAUUCACACUGCCAAAAUAUGCCAGCUAAUUGGCUUAUUUGUACACAGAUACUACCAAAGUCAUAUAUAAAAGCUAAACUACUUGUAAAGGUAUUACCCUGGUCCCAGGUAGUAGUGUCUUCCUAGUCAUAUCAGUUUUGUUUCAUAUCUGAGAAGUAUAUAUAUUUUGUGGUAAAAAGAUUAUAUAUCAUAAAGUAUGCCUUACAGUUAUAAAAAGUGUAUGUUCUAUCUGUAUAUGUAUAUCUAUAUCUCUAAACUGUUACUUGAUUAAAAUCUGGCAAACCUUAAAAUAAUUUUAUCAUAAUGUAUUUAAUCUUCAUUACUUAAAAUGGAUGCUGAUUUAUUUUUAAAACAAGACAAAUGUAACUAUGAACACAUUUCCAUUUAAAUUUUAAUAAAACAGAUAGUUUAAUACUAUUGCUUAUAGAUUUUAUAUCCUGCCAUUGAAAAGAUAAAUAAUACAUUUUAUUCCACUGCACAGCAUGUAAUAAAUACAUCCUUUUGAGUUUUUCGAAGUUUUUUAUGCAACAAAGAAAAAAAACCAAUUUCUUAUAAC